AUGAGAAUUUCUCCACCUCCGAUCUCUGUUUUCCUACUCUUCUUCUUGCUCUCAAUUGUUUUUCCCCACAAUCUCUCGCUCGGAGAUCCGAUCGUUACGUGUUCCGGGAUAGUUCCGAUGAAACACCGGAGCGCGAUGUUAUCAAUUUCGGAUUUCGGAGCUGUCGGUGACGGCAAGACCUUGAACACCAAUGCGUUUAACUCAGCGAUUGAUCGGAUACGGGAGACUAACACUAGCGAUGGUACUCUUCUGUACGUUCCUCGUGGUGUGUAUUUGACUCAGAGCUUCAACCUUACGAGCCACAUGACUCUAUAUCUCGCCCAUGGUGCGGUUAUCAAAGCCGUUGAGGAUACGAAGAAAUGGCCUCUGAUCGAUCCUUUGGCGUCUUAUGGCAGAGGACGCGAGCGCCCUGGACAAAGGUAUAUUAGCUUUAUUCAUGGAGAUGGACUCGUUGACGUUGUUAUUACAGGCAAAAAUGGAACGAUUGAUGGACAAGGAGAACCUUGGUGGAAAAUGUGGAGAGAUGGAACUCUAAAGUUUACCAGACCGAAUCUCAUCGAGUUCAAGAACUCAAGUAACAUCGUCGUUUCUCAUGUUGUUCUUCAGAACUCCCCGUUCUGGACACUUCAUCCCGUUUACUGCAGUGGUGUUGUAGUUCAUCACGUUACCAUCCUCGCUCCAACUGAUUCUCCAAACACCGAUGGAAUCGAUCCAGAUUCAAGCUCUAACGUAUGUAUAGAAGAUUCCUACAUAUCCACUGGGGAUGACCUUGUUGCAGUGAAGAGCGGUUGGGACGAGUAUGGCAUUGCCUACAACCAUCCAAGCCGUGACAUCACCAUCCGCCGCAUCACCGGUUCUUCCCCAUUUGCUGGUAUAGCCAUUGGAAGUGAAACCUCUGGCGGAAUCCAAAAUGUAACUGUUGAAAACAUCACUUUGUACAAUUCCGGGAUCGGCAUCCACAUCAAGACAAACAUUGGACGAGGAGGAAGCAUCCAGGGGAUCACAAUCGCAGGGGUUUACAUGGAAAAAGUUCGAACCGGGAUUAAGAUCUCUGGCAACACUGGAGAUCACCCUGAUGAUAAAUUCAACCCAUCCGCGCUUCCCAUCGUAAGAGGCAUAACGAUCAAGAACAUCUGGGGCAUUAAAGUCGAGCGCGCCGGCAUGGUUCAAGGAUUGAAAGACUCACCAUUCACCAAUCUUUGCUUCUCAAAUGUUACACUUACUGGAACAAAAGGUUCUCCAAUAUGGAAAUGCUCAGAUGUCGUUGGAGCCGCUGCGAAAGUCAGUCCCACGCCUUGCCCUGAGCUGACUGCAGCCGCCCAUCAAGGCGGUACCUGCGAAAACCAAACCUAA